AUGCGCGCGGACCGCGCCGCGCUCUACGCGUGGCUCCUGUGCUGCGCCGCCGCGUUGCCUACGCACAAAUACAGCACGCGAGUGGUGCGCACUAAGUACGGGCCUCUACGCGGAAUUGUUGUUCACUCCCAUCCGCAGGUCGAGGCGUACCUCGGUGUACCGUAUGCUACGCCGCCACUUGGCAGUCUCAGAUACAUGCCGCCGGUGACACCGUCGCAGUGGCGUGAGACGCGGCUAGCGGACGCUCCCAGGCCAGCCUGUCCGCAGGCGCCUCCAGCCGCCACACCGCGCGAUGAUGCACUCCUGGUGCAUCCACGCGCGCGUAUCCGUCAACUCGAACGGCUGUUACCUGUGCUCGCCAACCAGAGUGAAGACUGUCUAUACGUUAAUCUCUACGUGCCAAUUAACGGAGGGGAUGUGGAAAGCGACGCGAUGGGUUUGCCAUGCCUUGUCUUCGUCCAUGGAGAAUCUUACGAGUGGAGUUCGGGUAAUGCGUAUGAUGGCACUACCCUGGCGGCGCAUGGCAACAUAAUUGUAGUUACUAUCAACUUUAGAUUAGGUGUAUUGGGUUUUUUAAAGACUGGUGCUAAGGGGUCGGCGCAGGGUAACUUUGGACUUAUGGAUUUAGUGGCGGGGUUACACUGGUUGAGAGAGAAUUUACCGGCAUUCGGAGGUGAUCCUGAGAGGGUGACCAUUAUGGGGCAUGGAACUGGGGCUGCUCUUGCCAACUUUUUAGCAGUAUCGCCUGUAGCGAGAGAACUACUGAAGCGUGUCAUCUUGUUAAGCGGGUCGGGGCUGAGUUCUUGGGCUCUGCAGAGGGAACCGCUUACGAUAAAAAGAAAGGUAGCAGAACAAACAGGAUGCCACGGAGAUCUGUUGGAAGACGACUUGGCGCCUUGCUUGCGCAACAAGCCACUGGCUGAGCUGCUCGCCGUGAAACUAGAUCCCCCGCGGUUUCUGCCUGGCUUUGCGCCAUUUGUUGAUGGCACUGUCAUUGUGAAUCCGUCCUCCGCUCCUCCGCCGACGGAUAGCUCGCGAUUGGGCGCGGGAGCUGCUGCUGUAGCAAAUGCGGCGGGCCAUGAAUUGGCAGACUUCUCCCAUAGAGAACUGCUAUUUGGACUUACUACUACUGAAUCGUACUUGGAAUUCAACGCACAAGACUUGGAGUUUGGUUUUAACGAGAGCCGCCGGGACCGCAUUCUGCGUACAUUCGUCCGUAAUGCUUACUACUAUCACUUGAAUGAGAUCUAUUCAACCCUGAAGAACGAAUACACGGAUUGGGAUAAACCAGUUCAAAAUCCACUUAGCGUUCGGGAUGCUACACUCGAGGUUUUAAGCGACGGCCGCACAGCAGCGCCAUUAAUCAGACUUGGUUAUCUACACGCCUUACGUGGCGGUACCACUUAUUUUACACAUUUUCACCAUCUUUCACAAGAUAAAGAUUAUCCGCAGCGUCCUGGCUCCGUCCAUGGUGAAGAGAUGCCUUACUAUCUGGGGGUGCCACUGUCCCAGGCCCAUCAUCAGCAAAACUUUACACAGCAGGAACAGCGUGUGUCUCGACUUUGUAUGCACUACGUCGCUAACUUUGUUAGAUACGGAAAUCCUAAUGAUCCGUCAGCAACGCCACCGCCAAGCCCUAUGUUAGGUGAUACUCCACGUCUUGGGCCCGAUCAAACACCGUAUUGGGACACAUACGAUACUAUCAAUCAACUCUAUAUGGAGAUCAGUAGUAAACCGGAAAUGCGAAGUCACUAUCGUGGCCACAAAAUGUCUUUGUGGCUUUCUCUUAUACCUCAACUGCAUCGACCCGGCUCCGACAUGCCUGACGCAGCGAUGCGCCAUCACCAUUUUCAAGAAGACAAUGCGAACUAUUAUGAAGGUGCGGUGAGGCCACAGUCGAUGUCAAGAUCGCAUGUCCCACAUGUCGUUAAUAUUGACAAUGCCCGAGGUUCUGAUGGUAAUCGCAGUACGCCACCACCUCGGUCAUCUGUACCUCGACCAUCUCCUGUGCCACCGGUCCCGUCAACGGAAUGUCCCCCGAAUACUACUGCAACACCUGUACAAGCAGACGAUGCUCUUCUGCGACGAUUGGCAUCGUCACAUUACCAAUCAUAUACUGCAGCGCUUACUGUUACUAUUGCAGUAGGUUGCUUUCUGCUACUUCUAAAUGUGUUAAUAUUUGCCGGUAUUUACCAUCAAAGAGGGACUCGUCCUCGACGGUCAAAAGAUGAUCUCGCUGAAGCAGGGAGUUCAUCUUCAUCAGACAACUACGAUGGGAAAUUAGAUUAUGAAGUGCGUGCAUUCGACGGUAAAGGAUUUGGUUUUGAGUGCAAAUCGGCUCACGUACCGCGCGGUUCUGGUUCCAAGUUCGAUUUACGGACGUUGUCGGAUUGUGGGGAACCUACGUUUGGGGAAUAUAGUUGUUAUGAUGAGAAACAUCGUGCGGCACGUAGCUCGUUGCCGGACGUUAGUGUGGGUAGUGCGAUUGAGGCCGGUAGUGUGGUGUGUAUAGAUACCCAAAAGCCAGACAUUCAAAAAGUAGAUGGGCGGCCACAGGACCCGGUGGGACGUACCAGUACCUUUGAGCCUCGAGUUGUAGAUAGUUCGACGCAAGUGAAAUUUGGGCCUGCCUCAGAAUGUGAAACAGCUUCUGAUUGUAAUGGUGAUUCAGAGUCAGGCGGUGCGAGCGGAUCAGGAAUCCUUCGCGUUCCGCCGGCUGCCACUGCGCCUGCGCCACCAGGCAUUAUGAAGAAGAGAGUGCAAAUACAAGAGAUAUCCGUAUGAGGGUUCCUGGACGCCGCAGAAAUAGUUGUGAAUAAACGGACAAAAUUGUGAUCUUUAAAAAACCUAAUGUAUAUAAAUCAGUAUCUUAGAUUUAAGCAGAAUAAUAUUAUAUGUACAUAUAAAAUAAUGCGAACAGUGCGUACAGCGAACUUUAAGGCGUAUCUGACGUCUCGGUCUUAUAUGAUAUUCAAUCUAUGGCUGUAAUAGGACUGAAUGUAAACACGUCUUCACUUUUCCGCUCUAUUUGCUAUGAGUUCGAAGUUGUUGGAAUAUAUUAAUAAGGGAUAACGCAAUAGCUUGCUUAUUAUAUAUUUGGUUAUGUCCUUAGGGUUGUAGUAUUGUGAAGUAUAGCCAUAUUCACUAGUUCUAUAAGGACGACCAUUACAUAUAAUUGGUAAUUCAGUUAUGAAUAUUUAUAUAUUCUCAG